GAAUCAAGUGGUUUCAGAAAAAAAAGUGCAAUGAGCCUCCAAGCGCGUCUGCACGCGACCGAGAACGUGGCAACGAAGGACGUGCACGUCGACGUGGUGGCUACCAACGCCAACAACCCACACGUGCUGGGCUCGGCCAAUCUGCUGGGCCACGCCGUGAGCUCCGCGAAACUACCCAGUGUGCACUCGGGCAUCACGCGCAUGCAGAGUCUCUUCCGCGACCGGCAGACGCAGCUCGUGUCCAAGCACAAGGUCGAGAACGAGGAAGCCCAGCGGCAGCGCCUUCAAGCCAUUUGGCAGCUCUUGGUCACUGGAUUUGAACUGACCAAGUACCCGAAAGCGGGCCGUGCGCGCAAGCGCAUCCUCUGGCUCACGCUCGAUGGCAAGCUGUGCGUUGGUCGAUCCAAAGCCGCCAAGCACGCUGGCAAGUUCAUGCUCCUUUGGGAUGUCGAGACGAUCGAGAAAGGCUGCAGCGCGCCGCAGUUUACGGAUUCGCUGAGCUGGCGCGACGCCCGAAGCAAGGAGCAAAUGUGUCUCUCAAUUGCGGCGCGCACCAAGAAUUCCGUGGAGCUGCGCUACUUUGCGCUCCAAGUCAACUCGAACAACGUGCGCAACAUCCUCGUUGAGAACCUCAGCGUGCUUUUGAGCCAGCUUCACGGCGACAGCGACGGCGACUACCCGCGGGUGGUGCGGAGCCGCCUCGGACGCCACUUUGCCGCGACAGGCGACGUCCUCGCGCUGGUUGACGUUCGCGCGCUCCUGGAUCGUGAAGGCUCGGAGCGCGCCGAGAGCCCGGUCAAGGAAGGCGACCACGACAGUGGCGAAUCCGACUCGGGAGACGAGUAG